AUGCCUCGGUUUCGUAUCUUAGACUCAGCUGGGCAAACGGCCCAGGGAAGUCGAAACCAUCAAGAAGACCGCUACAAAUGCAUUCUCCCGGACGAGUUCUCCCCGCCCCAGGGUGCCCAAAUAGCUUAUUUUGCCGUCUAUGAUGGCCACGGAUCCGACGAAGCGUCCGAAUUCGCGCGUCAAAGUCUCCACAGCCGAAUCGCGGACCGCGAGGAGUUCCGCUCCGGAAAGUACGAAGAGGCCAUCGCGUUGGGUCUCAAAGAUAUCGACGAUGAACUGUACGAAAGAUUCCGCGGCGGAAGCGACGAGUCCGCCAUGUGUGGGUGUACGGUUGCGUUGUGUCUACUGGACCUCACGAGCGGGAGUAUUCUGGGGGCGAAUUUGGGCGAUUCGCCGAUUAUUUUGGGGAAGAAGGAUGGAGAUGGAUAUCGUGUUCAACGACUUUCUCAUUCGCACAAACCGUCCGACGCAGACGAGCGCGACCGCAUCUUCGACGCCGGCGGAAAGCUGAACGACAUAACCGGUGAAGACAGACUUGGUGCAAUCAACAUGACGCGCGCCUUAGGCGACCUACAACUCAAGCGACCGCUAAACGAAGCGACGGUCGACAAGGGAUUGGAGAUGGUGUCGGGCCAAUCGGAUUCCCACGACACCGAAGCCGACUUUAUGUCGCGAUUUCCGUUCACGAUGACCAGGAGGCUGUCUCGGUCGAGUAGCAAGCAGAUCCUGAUCCUGGCUAGCGACGGCGUGACGGAUGCGUUGGAGGACGAGAAGCUGAUGACGCUGGUAGGGACGAUGGAGAAGCAGGGCCAUUCGGCGAAGGAUAUCUCGCGCGCGACGAUCGAGUUGGUGGGGAGGGAGAAGCAUAGUGAUAAUUGUACUUGCAUCAUCGUGUUCCUCAGCUGUGAGGAUGAUGAAUGA